AUGACGGGAGUAACUACGAUUUCUGCCAAGUCAGUAAGGAUAAGGCCUAAAGAAAUUGCAGAAAUGGAAAGACUGUUGAGCAUAUGGAUCGAAGGGAAAAAGUCGAGGACCACCUUUCUCACAAUCAAAGGAAAAGCACUCUCUAUUUACGCGGAUCUAAAGCGGAAAGCACCAAAUCCGGCGGAAGUGGCGCCUUUUAGGGCUAGUUGCGGCUGGUUCAGUGGUUUCAAACAUCGCUACAAUUUCCAAAAUCUUCAACUGUCGGGCGAGGCCGCCAGCGCAGAGCAUAAGGCCGCCAAGGAAUUUCCAGCCGUGAUACAGAAAUUAAUUAAGGAAGAAGGCUAUACGUUGGAUCAAAUUUUCAAUUUCGACGAAACGAUUAUCUAUUACAAACGCCUGCCUCGAAGGACCUACAUCUCGAAGGCGGAGAAGCACGCCCCAGGAUAUAAGUCCUCUAAAGAUCGCUUAACUGUGAUGUUCGGCGCCAACGCCAGCGGAGACUUGAAGCUAAAGCCGGUGGUGGUUUAUCGCUCCGACAAUCCACGAGCCUUGAAAGGCAUCGUGAAGGCCAGCCUCGGGGUCCAUUACAGGUAUAGCAAGAAAGGAAAGAUGACGGCCCAAAUCUGCAUUGAUAUUUUUGCCGAAUUCUUCCCUGUUAUUGAGUAUUAUUGCAAGAAAAAGAACUUGGCUUUUAAGAUUCUGAUCAUCAUCGAUAAUGCACCGAGUCACCCCCCAACCAUUGCGGAACUCAACCCGAAAGUCAAAUUCGUCUUUUUGCCUCAAGAAACCACCUCUCUGAUUCAGCCCCUGAAUCUAGGGGUGAUGGCCCUGUUUAAGGCCUACUAUCUAAGGAGGACAUUGAAGAUGUUAAUUGCAGCUACCGGAGGUGAGAACGCGGAAACGGCUCUCGAAUUCUGGAAGAGAUUUAACAUCAAGAUGGCCAUCGAUAUCAUCGUGGAAGCCUGGAACGACGUGACCGAAGAGUGCUUGCAUCACGUGUGGAAGAAAAUGCUCCCGAACUUGAUUCAGGAUUUUGAAGGAGUGGAACCCGCGGAGCAAUUGAAAAAAAUUAAAGCAAACUGUGUUGAUCUGGCAAAACAAGUUGGAUUCGAGGAGGUGGAAGAUGAAGAUAUAGAUGAGCUCUUAGAACCUCACUCUAGCGACCUGAGCACAGAAGAUUUGCAACAGCUGGCUGAUGGCCAAGCGGAGGCCGAAGAUGAAGAAGACGACGAUGACGAUAGUGAAAGCCAGAAGGCUACCCCGAGACAGCUUGACACUUCGCAGUUAUCGGGUGUUUUAAGUGUCAUCGAAAAACAGUUGCAAUGGCUUGAGGAUAAUGAUUACAACGCGGAGCGGAGCAGAAUAGUCGUGCAUGGCAUCCGCACGAAUUUGGAACCAUACAGGCAGCUUCUUUAUGAAAGGAGGAGGCUAGCAAAACAGCAGAAAUUGGACAUAUAUUUUAAGCUAGUACGGAAGAGACACCUAGAGGACAACGAGCCACACCCGUCCACGUCUGGUGUUACCACUUCCCGUCCAGUUUCAGAUAAACCUUCUUCUACCACUUCACAAUAA